CCUCUCUCAGAAAGGCUUCUUUCUGCCUUUCAUUCCCCAGCUACCACCGGUCAACCUAACAGCACAGGCGAAACUUUUAAUACGGCUUUGGAUGUGAGCGACGAGUUUGCCAUUGGAUAGUAUAACCAAAGAAAUCUUCAUUGCCAUCUGCGAUCAAGGACUACAAGCGUUUCAGGUGGACGAUACAGCACCCCCAGGUACAGGUGAACCAUGUUCUUGCUCUUUCUGAGUAUGUGCUUCUGGGUCUCCUCAGCCACAGUGCCUUUUUAUGAUUAUGUUUACACAGAGCCCGAAAGCACGUUGAGUGUCAGCAUACCCAAUGAGCUUCCCCUCCAACCCCUGAUGGGAGACACGUUAAUUCUUCCCUGCUACUUCCAGGACAACACGGUCAACGACCCCGGUGCCCCCACCAUUGCCCCUUUGUCUCACCGGAUCAAAUGGAGUCUGGUCACCAAAGACACGACCACAACCAUUUUAGUGGCAUCUGAGGGAAUCGUAAAUGUGUCUAAGCAGUAUAUGGACAGAGUCACCUUAGAGGGAUACCCCACGAAUCCCACAGAUGCAAGCAUUAAAAUCACAGAACUCCGCUCCAAUGACUCAGGAGUGUACCGCUGUGAGGUUGUGCAUGGCAUAGAGGACAGUCACGAUAUCGUUCAUGUCCAAGUUCAAGGUAUUGUUUUUCACUAUCGUGCAAUCACCACAAGAUACACGCUGACCUUCGAGAAGGCCAAAGCAGCCUGUAUUCAAAACAGUGCCGUGAUCGCCACGCCAGAGCAACUUCAAGCGGCUUAUGAUGAGGGUUUUCAUCAGUGUGAUGCAGGAUGGCUUGCAGACCAGACAGUCAGGUAUCCUAUCCACAAUCCUCGCGAGGCUUGUUAUGGGGACAAAUACGAAUUUCCAGGAGUGAGGACAUACGGAGUAAGAGAUGUGAAUGAGACUUAUGACGUAUACUGCUUUGCUCAGACAAUGACAGGAAGAGUGUUCCAAACUACUUCCCCUAACAAAUUCACUUUUGAGGAGGCUGAAGCUGCAUGUAAAAGGCGGGAUGGCAGGCUGGCUACCACUGGACAGCUUUACCUGGCCUGGAAGGAUGGGAUGGAUGUUUGUAACGCUGGCUGGUUGGCGGACAGAAGCGUUCGAUACCCCAUUAAUAUUGCCCGACCGCAGUGUGGGGGAGGCCUGCUGGGAGUGCGCACUGUUUAUCUGUAUCCCAAUCAGACCGGCUAUCCCUUACCUGACACCUGCUACGAUGCUUUUUGCUAUUCUGAUGAAGAAGGUUCAGGGUUUCCUGACAUAUUUCCGGGGGCAGGCAAUGGAGUACUGAUCGUGGACACCAUUACAGAAGGCUCCCAGCUCUUUUUAAAGCCCACCUCCACUAAAAGUGAAGUACAGGGAGAGGUUAUAACACAUAAACCCUCAGUGAACACCAGUGUCAACCCAACAUACUCUGUCACAGAUGAUACCCUUCUGCCUAUUUUGCCACCUCCCAGCUCCACCGAUCUUGGGUCAGAGCUUUCUAAUAUGACUGAAGCUGUCAUGUCUGAUACGGGGGUUGUGUUUCAUUAUCGUGCAAGCUCCAGGCGCUAUGCUUAUAACUUUGUGGAAGCUCAACUUGCGUGUCAGAGCAUCAGUGCAGUCAUCGCCAGCCCCCUGCAGCUCCAGGCCGCCUAUGAGGCUGGUUUCCAUCAUUGUGAUGCUGGCUGGGUCUUGGAUCAGACUGUCAGAUAUCCCAUUGUGUCCCCACGCGAGCAAUGUUCUGGUGAUUUGGAGCAUCUUCCCGGUGUGAGAUCUUACGGAAUACGUCCUGCCGAUGAACAAUAUGAUGUGUAUUGCUAUGUGGACAAACCAAGAGGGGAUUUUUUCCAUGCAAGUUCAUUUGACGGAUUUACUUACAAUGAAGCUGUGGCCUACUGCGAGGGUCAGAACGCAUCCCUGGCCUCCACAGGAGACCUGUAUGCUGCCUGGAAGCAGGGUUUUGAUAUGUGCCGUAAAGGCUGGCUUCUGGACCGCAGCGUACGUUAUGCCAUUAAUAAACCCCAGCAGCUGUGUGGCGGAGGAAAGGCUGGAGUUCACACAGUUUACAUGUUGCCCAACCAAAGAGGCUUUCCUGACCUGAACACCAAGUUCGAUGCUUAUUGCCUUAAGGAGCAUCUGGAUGUGUCUCUCAAUGAAAGUAAGGCAAACAUAACAGUGACAGAAGAGACAUUGAACAUGGAGUCUCUCCCUGAAUUUCUCAGUCCUGUGGAUCUUGAUUUGUUUUUUAAUCAAAGUGAGCCAAACAAAACAGUGACAGAGGAGACAGUGAAUGUGGAGUCGUUUCCUGAUCUUCUCAGUCCUGUGGGUCUGGAUUUGUUUCUGAAUGAAAGUGAGCCAAACAAAACAGUGACAGAGGACACAGUGAAUGUGGAGUCUUUUCCUGAUCUUCUCAGUCCUGUAGGUACCCCCAUCUCUGGAUCUGGGUCAUCCGAGACCAGUGGUGAAGUCGAUCUGUCUGGAAGUGGAGAUCUGCCGAGUGGCUCAUCUGGUUGGAGCGGGGACCUGUCUGGAUCUGGAAUCAGUGGGGAUGUUUCAGGAUCAGGUCUUAGCGGUGAUGACUCAAGUAUCCUUGUGACCUUCUCAGGAAGCGGAGCAGUUUUGUCUGGAGUUGGAUCAGCUUCAGGGGGAGCCCAGGAGGCUGGAGAAGGUGAUUUCCUUACCGUUCCAUUUGAUCAGAGCUCAGGCCUUUUUGGUUUGGACUUCUCUGGAUCCGGAUCUGGCAGUGGGUCAGGCUAUAGUUCUGAAGGAAGUGGAUCUACCUCAGACCUUUCCGGCAGCUCAGGUGAGAUCAGUGGGAGUGGAGAACAUUCCGGUAUCUCCCCAGGAUCAGGUUCCAGCGGGGAUUUCUCAGGAUUCAUUACUUUCUCAUCUGGAAUGUUUCCCUCUGGAGGAUCCAGUGGCAUUUCAUUAGUUGAUGAAUCUGUCAUCCAGCUGGAUAGACAGUGGACUCAAGUGUCUACUUCUCCAUCCUUACAAGAACAGGAGUUCAGUGGAAGCCUUGUAGAUUUCAGUGGAUCAGGACAUAUCUCAGGGUCUGGGAAGAAUGGGGUUUUCUCUGGGAUGAGUGGUGAUCACAGCGGCUCUGGGAGUGGUUCAGAGUUUUCUGGUGUGACCUAUCUUGGAUCAGGAAUCACUGAUCUCACAGAGCAAUCUCGUAACCAGGAAGCUUCUGGGGUUUUGAUAUUCGGAUCUGGUGAGGGCAGUGGAUAUACAUCCGGAGCCUAUGUCAUUGAAUCAGGAGAAAGAUCGGGGGAAUCCGCCAGCGGUGAUAUCACCUUUUUCAUCAAUAGUGUGGUGACUGAACUGCCCAAGAAGCCCAUCCAUGCCAUGGAGCUAGGAAGUGGGAAUGUGGAGUAUAGUGGGACUGUCAGCCUGUCAUCAGGUAGUGGAGAUGACCAAACUGUCUUUGCUAGUGGACAAGAAGAUGAGCCGAUCCCAACCACCGGACACACAUUAAAUUUGAGCUCCAGUGUGGCUCCUCCAGUAGAACAAUCGCUUCAAGGGCCAUCAGGCCUGUACAAUGAUGCUGCCGGACAAGCAGUGCCAUAUUUCGAACCUGCAGGGAUCAUCAGUAAUCUUGAUACUACUUCUGCAACUUUACCUUCUAUAACAGAGUCUGCCAUUCCUCAACAGACUCCUUCUGUCAUUGAAGAACCUACUGUGAAUGCCAUAAUUGCUUCUGCUAACUCAUGUGAUCCAAACCCUUGUGGAGCUGCUGAAUUAUGUUUAGUGAACGAUGGGGUGGCCGUCUGUCAUUGCCCACCUGGACAACAUGGAGAAGAAUGUCAGUUUGAGGUUGAUGUUUGCCAUUCAAACCCUUGCGCCAAUGGAGCCACCUGUGUGGAGGUGGAGAACACUUUCAAAUGCUUGUGUCUGCCCAGCUACGAAGGAGACCGCUGUGAGAUUGAUGUUCACACCUGUGAAGAGGGCUGGAUUAAGUUUCAGGGCAACUGUUACCUGUAUUUAUCCGGGAGGGAGACCUGGCUGGACGCAGAACAGCGCUGUCGUGACCUAAACGCUCACCUAGCUAGCAUUAACACUCCCGAAGAACAAGCCUUCGUUAACUCGUAUGCACAAGACUAUCAGUGGAUCGGACUGAACGAUAAAACUGUCGAAAAUGACUUCCGCUGGUCAGACGGUACCCCACUGCAAUAUGAGAACUGGAGGCCUAACCAGCCUGACAAUUAUUUUAACUCCGGGGAAGACUGUGUUGUAAUGAUCUGGCAUGAAAAUGGCCAAUGGAAUGACGUGCCUUGCAACUACCAUCUACCCUUCACGUGUAAAACUGGUCCAGCAACAUGUGGCCAACCUCCUAAAGUGGAGAAUGCCAUGAUGUUUGGAAACAAGAAGGAACGUUACCAGGUGAAUUCCAUCAUUAGGUACCAAUGCAAGGAAAGCUUUAGACAGCGCCACCCGCCUGUCAUCCGAUGUAUGGCAGAUGGACAGUGGGAGAAGCCUCAAGUGGAAUGCAAAGCCAAAAUCAACACCAGACUGCAAAAGAAAUCUACUGUUCAUCACUCGAAUAAAGUUAGCACAACAUUGAAGAAACAUCUCUAAGGAGGAGACGCUGUUUCGUUUUUAAAAACAGUGCAAGUUUUAUAUUUAUUUUCUCAGCCCCUGAUUUAUAAAGUAUAACUUUUAAUAAUUUGUUUAACUUUUAAGAUAACUGUCAAUCUUGUUUAUAUUUUGGCCUUUAACAGUAAAUCACCAUACAUAAAUUAUUUUCCCUUGAUAAAGUGAUCCACUUCAUAACUCCUGUAAAAUAUCACGGACCAAAACAUCAGAGACCACCAGCAUUCCUAAAGAAUUCUGCAAAUGUUUGCUGAAGGUUUUUCCAAUUGAACUGUCUAGUGUUUCAUGACGAAACGACACAGAGCUUAAAGCUUGUUUAGCCUGGUCCUUUAUCUGUUUUGUCAGACAGAAAUACUGGCCUUUUUGUCUUUAUGUGCUAUUUAACACAUUUUAAAGUACAUUAUAAAUUAUAGAUGAGGUGAUGAAAUGUGAAGUUUUGUUUUCAUCUGUACAUUGAGAAGAAAGUUUUGAAUCUAGAGAGAUUUAUAGCCAUAAACGACGUUUACAAAAAGUUAUUUAUACCUUACCAGGCAGAUAACCCAAACUUGCACAAGGAUGUCAUUCAUUUGUUGUCUGUGUUAGAGAGCAUAAUGUGAAUUGAUCUAUUUAUUGAUUUCUCAACACAUAAAACAAAAUGCAUCCAUCUUUUGACUGGAGGUGUCCAUCUUUUUUUGGGGAUCCCAUGUUUGGUCACAAAAGCCAUAAAUAUACUGUAAACAGCAUCAGAUUUUGGUGGCCAAAUCCAGUCAGAUUAUGAAUGUAAACCCAAUCAUGCAAAUAUACUUGUUUGUUAGAUAUUAUCUGUGUUGCCCAAGACUGUGCAGGGCAUAGUACUAUAUGGGUACCAAACUAAUCAGCUACCAGCUAUUAUUUUGUUAUACAUUUUGUUUCUAGUUCAGAACUGCUGAUGACAAAUGCCUUGAAUAUUUCACAUUUUGCCUAUUCUGAUGGUACUGCUUUGCUUUUGUUAGAAAAAGAACAAGAGGCUGUGCCUCUUUCAUGCGAAUGGCAGGGACCUCUCUUUUAUACACCAUAGCUUUCAUUUUCAACACAGCAAAAACGACGAAUGCAGCAUAAACUGUAGACAAAAAUGCACACACAUUUCCUGUAAAUAACCUACUCACAGUGGCACAGAACCAUCUUAUCUCUCAUUCACAAAGUGGCCUCCUGUUUCUAGGGUCAUAUUGGGAGGAAAACGAAAAAGUCAACAGUAAACACUCGGGGAGAUCUUUGAGGCAUCUUUGUCUUCUGUCUUCUAAAAAAGGGAAACAAGUUGCCGAUAAUGUGUUCACCUGAACUUAUGUGUUAAAAUAACUGUAUUAUAGCAAAUGAAACAACUUACAAAUAAAACAUGCCAUCAUCUUUAA